AUGUGGACUGAGAACUGGACUGGAUGGUUUAAGCAAUGGGGUGGUAAAAAUCCUCAUAGAACAACCGAAGAUGUUGCAUUUUCUGUUGCAAGAUUCUUCCAAAGAGGAGGAACUUUUAAUAAUUAUUAUAUGUACCAUGGAGGCACGAACUUUGACAGAACCGCAGGUGGUCCAUACAUCACAACUUCAUAUGAUUAUGAUGCUCCCCUUGACGAAUAUGGUAAUUUGAGUCAACCAAAAUACGGGCAUUUGAAACAACUUCAUGAUGUUCUUCACUCUAUAGAGAAAACUCUAACAUACGGAAACAUCUCCACCAUUGACUUUGGAAACUCUGCAUCGGCAACAAUUUAUAAAACCGAAGAAGGAUCAAGCUGCUUUUUUGGAAAUGGAAAUGAAAAUUCAGAUGCAACAAUUAGUUUCCAAGGAGAAUCUUACGUUGUCCCGGCUUGGUCUGUUACCAUUUUACCGGAUUGCAAAAAUGAGGCUUAUAACACCGCCAAGAUUACCACUCAGACUUCAAUGAUGGUUAAGAAACCAAAUGAAGCUGAGGAUACCCCUUCAACUCUGAAAUGGUCAUGGAGACCAGAGAACAUGGACAACUUCCUUUUGAAAGGAAAAGGAGAAACUACACAGACACAACUAUUUGAUCAGAAAGUAGUCACCAAUGACCAAAGUGAUUAUCUAUGGUACAUGACUACCGUUAAGUUUAAAAAACGAGAUCCUUUUGUGGGUAAAACCAUGUCUCUUCGCAUCAACAGUACUGCUCAUGUCCUUCACACUUUCGUCAAUGGAAAAAAUAUUGGUAAUCAACACGCUGAGAAUGGAAAAUUUAACUAUGUAUUUGAGAAAGAUGUGAAGUUUAAGUCUGGUCGUAAUGUCAUUGCUCUUCUUAGCAUAACUGUGGGACUUGCGCAAACCAAACACUUGUUGAUUCAAUAUCAAAUCAAAUCAUUCCAUUUUUUCUUUCAGGCUACAUUCAAGUCUCCCUUGGGAAAUGAUCCAGUUGUUGUCGAUCUUAUGGGACUUGGAAAAGGUACAGCUUGGGUCAAUGGAAACAACAUUGGGCGUUAUUGGCCGGCAUUCAUUUCAAGCGAAAAUGGUUGUGACGCAAAAUGUAAUUAUAGAGGUGCUUAUCAUGCUGAAAAAUGUCUGACCAAUUGUGGAGAACCCACACAAAGAUGGUACCAUGUUCCUCGUUCUUUCUUGAAUGCAGAAGGAGAUAACACACUAGUUUUGUUUGAAGAGAUGGGAGGAAACCCAUCGCUUGUCAGUUUCCAAACUACUAGAGUAGGAAGUGUUUGUGCUAACGUCUAUGAGAAAACAAUUAUUGAGCUUUCAUGCGACAGAAAACCCAUUUCUGCCAUCAAAUUUGCAUCCUUUGGUAACCCAGAUGGCAAUUGUGGAUCUUUUGAAAAAGGAACUUGUGAAUCAAGUAAAAACACGGCCGAUAUUCUCACACAAGAAUGUGUUGGAAAAGAGAAGUGUUCCAUUGAUGUCUCAACAGAAAAGUUUGGUGCACCAGAUUGCAGUGGUGCUCCUAGAAGGCUUGCUGUCGAAGCUAUAUGUUAAAUUGUUUUCUAGAUUUAUGGUGUUUUCUUUAUCAUAUUUCCAAAUUAUGCUAUAUUUUUUUCAAAGAUUUAAUUCUUUUAAUAUUUAUUGGUGGUUGUUUUAUUCAAUAAAAGAACAUAUUCUUAUAUACAUUUUACACGGUCAUCUUCUUUUCCCAAAACAUUCAUGGUCAUUUCUUCUCCGCCAUCAUCACUCUCUCUGAACAAUUGAAUAAUUUUUCUCUUCGAUAUUUAUUAUUUUUCUUUUUAAUAUAUAACAAUGACUAAACGGCGUUAGCUCAGCUAAUUAUAUCAUUAAAUAUUCUAGAUAUGGAGGAUGGUAUCCUCGAAGUUGUUUUCUUAUUGGCAAGUUUCUCCAACAAAGGUGAUUUUGGUGAGAAUGCAUAUCUAGGUACAGAGAAAAUCGACGAUGACGAUAAAAACAAAUCAAAUUUGUGGUUAUGCUUUGAUUAGAGAAACCAGUUAAGAAUCUCGAGACGAUUAAAUUAGCCUUUGUUGUUUGAGAGUUUUUAAAAAUAAGGAUUUGAUGGAUACUGGUUCUUGUUUGUAUAAGAAAAUUUAAAAGUUUUAUUUAAUGCAAAAAUAAAAAAAAUGAAAAAAUGUCACACUAAUUAUUCAAACUCUUGUAAGGUAGCACAACAAAAUUAGAUAUUUACCAACUGAGUUUGUGCGACUAACUGAAUAUUAAAGCAAAGCGAAUAUUUAUAUAUGUAAAAGACAACUCAGAAAUUGUUUUUAGUGGUUGGUUAAAAAUAUGUUAUCAAAGUAGUUUUAAGCGUUAUGAUAAUAUUUAUUUAUUGCUCAUACACAAAUUUGAUUAACACAAGCAAGAUAUUUAUUAUAUAAAAAAAGAGGUAGUCAAGUCAAUCAGUUCUAUCUCCUUUGUAAAAAGUGGAAAGUAUUAAAAAAAUUCAGACUUAAACUGGUUUAAACAUUAGAUGAAAAAUAUAUAUAUAAAUAUGAUGCUUUUAAGAUUUACAUUAUUUACAAAUCAAAUAAUUUUUCCUAUUGAGACAUGUUUAAGAUAUGAUGAAUUGCGAACAAAUUUUAACAACCAAGCUACACUUUUUCAGAUUUUUGGAAAAAAUUAUGUUAUUAUCCAAAUCGGAUUUAAGUUGAAACCGAGGAUAAAUAAUUUUUUAUUGGUUAAACAUUUCACAAAAAUAGUUAAAAUUUUUAACAAAAUUUAUACUUAAAUAAUAUGGCAGUUAGAAUUUUGUUUUUGUUUUCUGGAAUAUCUAUAAUUAUCCAUAUUAUCUUUAGGUAACGAUUUUAUACCCCUAUAAAAGCUUUGUUUCCUUUCAUAUUUCUUCAUUCAAAAACCAUUCUUCUAAGUAAAUAUGGUUUCUCUAAGAUUUCUUUUAUGUUUUCUUUUUGUAAGUAGUGUCUAUGCCACAAUUGUUUCUCAUGAUGGCCGAGCCAUUACCAUUGAUGGUCACCGCCGAGUUCUCCUUUCUGGUUCUAUCCAUUAUCCUAGAAGCACUCCUGAGGUAUUUAAUCUACCUUACAUCAAACAAUAUGUGUGGUCCUAGUAUUUUAUGUUUGCUACUAAUUAUAAUCGUUUUUUGUUAAUAUGUUUAGAUGUGGCCGGAUCUUAUAAAAAAAGUAAAGAAGGAGGUCUUGAUGCGAUCGAAACAUAUGUCUUCUGGAAUGCGCAUGAGCCUACUCGCCGUCAAUAUGAUUUUUCUGGAAAAUUAGAUCUUAUUCGAUUCCUGAAAACCAUUCAAAAUGAAGGAUUGUAUGCUGUUCUUCGCAUAGGACCAUAUGCAUGUGCUGAGUGGAAUUACGGGUAAUAUACUUAGAAUGGAUUUAGGUAGUCUCUUAAAGUGCAAUAUAUACCAGUUUAAUGCAUUUUGAUAAUAAGAUAGCUUCUUGUAUGGUCAUAGUGCGGUUUUCCAUAUAAUGUUUUGAUCAAUAAAUGGUCCAAUGAAUUGAUUUUGUUAAUCAUUAUACCAACACUUGUGUAUCAUAAAUGUCAGUACUAGUCUUUUAGUUAUAGUAUAUAUUUUUAAGAAAUUAUUAUAAUGAGUUGGCUUCUUGUAUGAUGAUAUUACUGUUUAUCAUAUAAUAUUUUUGACCUCGAUUUUUUUUAUUAUUGUAAACAGAGGAUUCCCAGUGUGGUUGCACAACAUGCCUGAAAUGGUGUUCAGAACUACUAAUAAAGCAUAUAUGGUAGUCUUACCUGAUGAUCAAUAUUUUUUUUUAUCAUAUAUGUAGUGUUAUUUUCAAUUAAAUUUUAUAUGAAUGAUUUAUGUAUAGGAUGAGAUGCAAAACUUCACAACUAUGAUAGUAGACAUGGUCAAGAAAGAAAAAUUAUUUGCAUUACAAGGAGGCCCAAUUAUUCUUGCUCAAGUAAAUCAAUUUAAAAUUUUAAAUACAUUAUGUGGUGUUUCUUAAUGUUAUAUACAAUUCUUAACAAUAUUUUUUUUUUGUUUUAUUAAUCUUGCAGAUAGAAAAUGAGUAUGGAAAUGUAAUGGGACCCUAUGGAGAAUCGGGUAAAGCAUACAUUAAGUGGUGUGCAAACAUGGCUCAGUCUCUUGAUGUUGGUGUUCCAUGGAUAAUGUGUCAACAAAAUGAUGCUCCUCAGCCUAUGGUAAUAAGCUCAGUCUAGUUAUAAUGAGUAUUUAUUUAAUAUAUUCAAAUGCUAAUUAUUUUAAAUUGUUUCUGAUUUUAUAGUUGAAUACAUGUAAUGGCUUUUACUGUGACAAUUUUGUACCAAACAAUCCCAACACUCCUAAGAUGUGGACUGAGAACUGGACCGGAUGGUAAGUUUUAUUUUCAGUAUGAUUAUAUUCUUAUUAUUUUGUAAAUAUUUUAUCAUAAUAUUUAUUUUGUCUUCUAUUUGUUUAGGUUUAAGCAAUGGGGUGGUAAAAAUCCUCAUAGAACAACCGAAGAUGUUGCAUUUUCUGUUGCUAGAUUCUUCCAAAGAGGAGGAACUUUUAAUAAUUAUUAUAUGGUAAAAAUAUAAUAAUGAAAUUUAACUUAUUUAUUAAAAUAAGCUCACACAAAAUCGACAUUAACUAGAAAGAGUAAUUGAACUGUUUUUAUCAUUGUAGUACCAUGGAGGCACGAACUUUGACAGAACCGCAGGUGGUCCAUACAUCACAACUUCAUAUGAUUAUGAUGCUCCCCUUGACGAAUAUGGUAAAUUUAAAGUAUAUUCAUAUACAAAAAUAUUUUAGAAGUUUAUAUUUUUACUUAGAUGGGAAAUCUAUUAGGUAAUUUGAGUCAACCAAAAUACGGGCAUUUGAAACAACUUCAUGAUGUUCUUCACUCUAUAGAGAAAACUCUAACAUACGGAAACAUCUCCACCAUUGACUUUGGAAACUCUGCAUCGGUAAUAUUCUUGUUAUUUUUUAUCAGUAUAUUCUUGAAAUAAUUACUUAUCAUGAAAAUAUUACAUAGGCAACAAUUUAUAAAACCGAAGAAGGAUCAAGCUGCUUUUUUGGAAAUGGAAAUGAAAAUUCAGAUGCAACAAUUAGUUUCCAAGGAGAAUCUUACGUUGUCCCGGCUUGGUCUGUUACCAUUUUACCGGAUUGCAAAAAUGAGGCUUAUAACACCGCCAAGGUUUUUUAUUUAAAAUUUUCUUUUGUGGACUUUAAAUUUUCAUACUAACAACCAUUAUUCAUUCAAAGUUGUAACCAAAGUUCAUUUUUUUGUUGGUUUUAUAUUUUCAGAUUACCACUCACACUUCAAUGAUGGUUAAGAAACCAAAUGAAGCUGAGGAUACCCCUUCAACUCUGAAAUGGUCAUGGAGACCAGAGAACAUGGACAACUUCCUUUUGAAAGGAAAAGGAGAAUCUACACAGACACAACUAUUUGAUCAGAAAGUAGUCACCAAUGACCAAAGUGAUUAUCUAUGGUACAUGACUACCGUUAAGUUUAAAAAACGAGAUCCUUUUGUGGGUAAAACCAUGUCUCUUCGCAUCAACAGUACUGCUCAUGUCCUUCACGCUUUCGUCAAUGGAAAAAUAUUGGUAAGUAACUCUUAUAUAUGUUUUACAAAUCUCAAUAACACCAACUUACCAAAAAGUCUUUGAUUUAUAUUUGUAGGUAAUCAACACGCUGAGAAUGGAAAAUUUAACUAUGUAUUUGAGAAAGAUGUGAAGUUUAAGUCUGGUCGUAAUGUCAUUGCUCUUCUUAGCAUAACUGUGGGACUUGCGGUAAGUUCUUAGAUAUUCUUUAUCUUGUAUUUAUUUUUAAAGUUAAAUCUCUUAUUUUUUUACAUUUUAACUGAAAAUAAAAAAUUUUGACAAUUUGUUUUAUAGAACUAUGGUGCUUUCUUUGAAAGUAAGCCGGCUGGAAUCACUGGACCCAUUUUUAUUACUGGAAUAAAUGGUGAUGAAACUAUAGUUAAGGACUUGUCUGCUCAUAAAUGGAGCUAUAAAACCGGUUUAAAUGGGUUUGACAACCAACUCUUUAGAACGGAAGCAAUGUCUAAAUGGUCAGUUGAAAAUGUACCGUUUAACCGAACCAUGACUUGGUAUAAGGUAAACAGAUGUUAUUAUAUAUAAGAUAACAAACCAAACACUUGUUGAUUCAAUAUCAAAUCAAAUCAUUCCAUUUUUUCUUUCAGGCUACAUUCAAGUCUCCCUUGGGAAAUGAUCCAGUUGUUGUCGAUCUUAUGGGACUUGGAAAAGGUACAGCUUGGGUCAAUGGAAACAACAUUGGGCGUUAUUGGCCGGCAUUCAUUUCAAGCGAAAAUGGUUGUGAUGCAAAAUGUAAUUAUAGAGGUGCUUAUCAUGCUGAAAAAUGUCUGACCAAUUGUGGAGAACCCACACAAAGAUGGUACAUUUUCCACAUCUUAUUAGGUUCUAGAAUAAAAUAUGUUAAUGUUUAACCUGAGAAAUCUUUACAUGGAUUUUGUUGCUUUGUUAUUUUCUUGAACAGGUACCAUGUUCCUCGUUCUUUCUUGAAUGCAGAAGGAUAUAACACACUAGUUUUGUUUGAAGAGAUGGGAGGAAACCCAUCGCUUGUCAGUUUCCAAACUACUAGAGUAGGAAGUGUUUGUGCUAACGUCUACGAAAAAACAAUUAUUGAGCUUUCAUGCGACAGAAAACCCAUUUCUGCCAUCAAAUUUGCAUCCUUUGGUAACCCAGAUGGCAAUUGUGGAUCUUUUGAAAAAGGAACUUGUGAAUCAAGUAAAAACACGGCCGAUAUUCUCACACAAGAAUGUGUUGGAAAAGAGAAGUGUUCCAUUGAUGUCUCAACAGAAAAGUUUGGUGCACCAGAUUGCAGUGGUGCUCCUAGAAGGCUUGCAGUCGAAGCUAUAUGUUAAAUGGUUUUCUAGAUUUAUGGUGUUUUCUUUAUCAUAUUUCCAAAUUAUGCUAUAUUUUUUUUCAAAGAUUUAAUUCUUUUAAUAUUUAUUGGUGGUUGUUUUAUUCAAUAAAAGAACAUAUUCUUAUAUACAUUUUACACGGUCAUCUUCUUUUCCCAAAACAUUCAUGGUCAUUUCUUCUCCGCCAUCAUCACUCUCUCUGAAAAAUUGAAUAAUUGUUCCCUUCGAUAUUUAUUAUUUUUUUUAAUAUAUAACAAUGACUAAACUGCGUUGGCUCAGUUGGUAAAUAACUAAUUUUAGAGUAAUAAAAUACACGAGUUCAAGUCUUAUUGAGACUUUUUUAUUUUUAUUUUUGUAUUAAAUAAAAUCUUGAGCUUAUAACCAAUCACACAAAAUGAUAGAGGAAAAACAUCACAUUUGAAAGCGUAACAGAGUGUUUUACUUUAAAGAAAUUGUAUAUAAAUACGUGAAGAAUAUAAGACUAUAUCUUAAAUAGUAUAUUAGACUCUCUAUAAAUAGUAUAGUUCGCACAAGUACGAUGUAUAAUUUGUAGUUUAUAGGUUUUAAUUGUUCACAGUAUUCAAUACUUUUUGGCCAUCUUUGAUUUUAAAUAAUAUAACCAAAAUAUGUUAUCAUUUGUAAAUGCUUAGUUUGAUAAUAAGUACAAACCAAUCGAUUCAUAACAAUGAUACAUUAACAAAACAUACCAAAUGUUUAUUUACUGUGCAGCCACAUUUCUAUUCUACUUCGUCAAAUAGAAUGGAAUACUACACAUAACACACUGGAACUGAAUGACAUGAUGUAAAGCCGAUGAAGUAAUUAAGGAGAAGAAUGAGGAGACGAAUGAGAAAAUAUGAUUUGAAGAAGAGCUGGUGCCGGAGUCGAUGAGGACGAAAAGAAACCACCACAAAAGGUGCAGAAGAAAAAGAGACAAGAAGAAAAAGAGACAGUGGGAUGAAGAGACAUGGGUGACGACGGCAGUGGAGAGAAGGUUGUGGCAACGAUGAAACAACCGGUGGUGAUGGUAGUCGCAUCAGGUGGAAUAAUAUAAACAUAAUAUAUAUUAUAUUGCAUUUCAUUUAUAUUCUUUAUGUAUACAAUAGUAUAGAACAUAAAAAAUGUUCGCACUAAGAUGUGGAGGCAGUGGAGAGAAGGUUGUGCAACGAUGAAACAACUGGUGAUGGUGAUAGUUGUUGUGCUGAUCAUAUGGAAUAAUAUAAACAUAAUAUAUAUUGCAUUGCAUUCAUUUCUAUUCUAUAUGUAUACAAUAGUACAGAACAUAUAAAAUAUAAAAUGUUCAUUUUCUCCGGUCAUUUUUACUAACUGUGGCGUGUAUGUAACAGCAGCAAAAAAAAAGGUGUUUUUCUCCAUGUCAAAUACAUAGGAUGUGGAGGAAGUGAGUCCUAGAAUGUGAAU